CUGAAAGCCAGAUAAAUUAAAUAAGGUUAUUGUUUAUUGCCCGCUUUCGUUAAACUAGUUGGUUCUGUUCAGACUCAGAUUGAUUUAUCUUUUCAUUAAUUGGCCGAUUUCACAUUUUUCGGAAGAAAACACAAUUCAGUGAAUUGAAUUCACCCAUACAAAACCAAAUCAAACAAUUUUUAUUGAUAAUAACAAAGUAGCAACAAUUUAUUAUUCAUAAGGUUCAUAAAAACGAUAGACAUUGUCUAACUCUUACUAAUGAUAGAUGUUAUGUACAGAUGCCUCGAUCUCUUUAGAGUCAACGAACCACGAGAGAAAAGCUUUCCAACUACAGUCAAGCUUGCCUAAGUGGUAAUAUGAUGUUAACAAAGUAUAGUUCGACAUUUUAACAACUUCCCUGAAACAAUUUAGUACUUUUGAUUAAGUAUUUCAAUCUGACGAGCGUAAAAACUGAACUCAGUUUAAGGCGUACUUAUUGAAGCUUGACUUUAGUUUAUAUGCUUGAAACUUUUCUCAGCCAAACCAGUUCAUGUGUGUGAAAACUGGCCAGGGGCAUUUUCACCAUUUUCCUUUCAGUGGCUCGUUUGAACUUGCACUUGCCACUUGGCUUGACUUCAUUGUGCUUUAGUUUUUUGGGCACAACGGUCCAGAUAUAUUGCCAUGCAGCUGAUCUAUCGCGAACUGGAGGCGGACAUCGUUCGUCGCACAAAUGCCGUUUUUCCGGCUCAAAAUUGCUUUGUGGAGGUGCUUCCCGACCGGUUGAUCAUUCCCAGGAAGUAUGUGGAGCUGGGAGAUUCCAUCCGAUCGCUCCCCGUGUUCCAGGACGACGUGUGGAUGGUGUCCUAUCCACGCACUGGAUCCACUUGGGCCCAGGAAAUGGUAUGGCUGCUGGGACACCAGUUGGAUUACGUAGCUGCAGAGCAGGACUUGCGGCUGCGGUCACCACUUAUUGAACUAUCCGCUUUGUUCAGCACCGAUCAUCACGAGGCGAUUGCGCAAAAGUUUGGAAAUACAGUGGAUCUGGUUCGCAAUCUGCCACGCCCUCGCUUCGCCCGCUCCCAUCUCUCCUGGCCACUUUUACCCGAGGAAUUUGAGACGGUGAAGCCGAGGAUCGUUUACACAGCACGCAAUCCCAAGGAUCUGUGUGUGUCGUACUACCACUACUGCAAGCUGCUCCACGGAAUCAAUGGGGACUUCGAACAGUUUGUGGAUCUCUUCCUGGAGGGCCACACUCCGAUGGGAUCCUACUGGAAGCACGUGUUGCCCUUUUGGAAGCGGAGUCAGGACGAGAAUGUGCUGUUCAUCAAGUACGAGGAUAUGAUCAAGGAUCUGCCGAGUGUGGUUCGUCGCUGUGCCCGAUUCCUGGGCGUGCAGAGUCUCCUGGAUGUGUCCAGUCUGCAGCACCUGUGCGAGCACCUCACCUUUGACAAGAUGCGGGGAAAUAAGGCGGUGAACCUGGAGAAGUUGCUGCCGGAGUCAUCUUCGAAGUUCAUACGGAAUGGCAAGAUCGGAGACUGGCGUAAUCACAUGGGAAACGAGAUGUCGGAACGUUUUGAUGCCUGGAGUGAGCAGCAUAUUCGUGGUGCUGGCUUAAACUUUGAUUACGAGUGAUUUUUAAAUCUUAUCUAAUAUUAAAUAUUUUAUUUUUAUAUAAAAUACUCCCAGCGUUAAGUUGGUUAACCAGAUUAUGUUGUAAGGGCUUCAAUUAGUUCGAUUAUUUUCCACUAAUUUUGCAAUAAAUAUUUGUUUAAGUUGCGUGUUAAAUAAAAAUAAACCAAAACAAA